GACUAGUUAUUACGGUAACAUCAGUACCAUGGUAACGAAAAGUACAAGCAGAGCUGCAUCAGGAAGUGUGAUAUCAACACAAAAGAUAAGACCAUCAUCCACGAUGUACACCAUGGCAACUACUACUCCGUCAGUUGCUCCAAGCUGGAAAAACUUCUCGACAUCAGAGAAAAACUGCCGAMAAAACUGUUGUGGUGUUGGAGGGACGAUUACUCUAUCCCGUGYAUGCGUAAGAGGGCAAUACACGCUGAGCAGUGCUCACUCUGCUUGCAAAGGCAGCUCAUCGACAGUGGUCCGGUGUGAGGUCGGAUGUCCUCAAUGUUCAUCAGGUUCGUUGGCUUAUUUGGGAAGCGUUAUUGCAGUGGUUUGUUUCMUAAUUCCUUCGAUAGUCGAUGGAAUGUUUUACUGAGCUCUUGGUUAUUACARAGCAUGCGCAAGAUGUAGUUUCACCGGUCAACUCACAUUCAUGUAGACUACCAAUGAUACGAUGUCAUUUACCAAAGUCUAAUGAAAGAUGGCUGCAAACUAGGAACUAGAACUGCAAAUAGGUUUAAACGUUUCUCAAAAAACAGCACACUAAGCGUUUAAUAAUGUAUUUAUUGARGAAUAGCAUUGUAUCGCAUUGUAUAGAAUAGCUUUAUAGUAUAAUAUAAAUAAUUUAUAUCUGAGUACGCUUUGUCAAUCUAUUUCGAGCGAAGAAAAUAAUAUACUGUUAAAAGGUCUAAACCCAGGUGACUGAAUGUUUAUCAAAGUAACAUGYACAUUAUGAUCAUCUGGGUGGAUGUAGUUCUGAGAAGAAUUGUUUGAUGUGACUGACGUUUCGACCACCUGUGCRGUAAUCAUUUUCAAAGUCAAGUGAGAAAACAGUCAGGUUAGCCCUUCUUUAUAUGCCAAUCAAUAGGUGUUACGUAGUUAGCGGUACCGCGUACAAGUUACUUYGAUAAACAAGAAAAUAAUACUCAGAGUAAGGUUCUGUCCACUCGUAUCUGAAUAGAAAUGGAAUUUGAGAAUCUGUAUACUGUAGGUGUUAYGUCAUCGCCGCCAUGUUGGAUGAUGAUAAAUUCUACUGUCCAUCAGCUUUGUUAGUUUUAUUUUUCAGGAACCGAGUUCUUGAUAAUGUAGUUGUACAUCAAGAAUAUAAAGGAUAUAAAUUCUGCUCGGAAUAGUAUAUUUCUUACUGA